AGAGAGAGAGACAAAAAGGAGAGUUUCAAUCGAUACCAUAUCACAAAGCAUUUUCUCUCUCUAGGGUUUGUUCUCUAUUUAUUACACACACAUAUAUAUAUCAUAUGUAACGCUUUUCUCUCUGUAAAAGAAGUACGAACGUUCGGGUGAUGUGGUUGUUGAAUCAAUCGAGAGAUUGCGAACCUCUGUGUUCGUAGAUCAAUCGAUCGAUCUGGUUUUGUUUUUGAAUUUAUAAUUAUCUGUUUGGAUCGGAGGUAGAUUAGUCGUUGAGGAUCAUGUUCUUGUUCGAUUGGUUCUAUGGAAUUCUCGCAUCGCUGGGUCUCUGGCAGAAGGAAGCGAAGAUCUUGUUCUUGGGGCUUGAUAAUGCCGGCAAGACGACUUUGCUUCAUAUGUUGAAAGACGAGAGAUUGGUUCAGCACCAACCAACCCAGUACCCAACAUCAGAGGAGCUGAGUAUUGGGAAAAUUAAGUUCAAGGCUUUCGAUUUGGGUGGCCAUCAGAUUGCCCGCAGAGUCUGGAAAGAUUACUAUGCCAAGGUGGAUGCUGUUGUGUACUUGGUAGAUGCUUAUGACAAGGAGAGAUUUGCCGAGUCAAAAAAGGAGUUGGAUGCUCUCCUGUCUGAUGAGUCUUUGGCUACUGUUCCCUUCCUAAUUUUGGGCAACAAGAUUGAUAUCCCCUAUGCUGCUUCAGAAGAUGAAUUGCGUUUCCACAUGGGUCUGACUGGUGUCACAACAGGCAAGGGGAAGGUAAACCUGGCAGACUCAGCUGUCCGCCCACUUGAGGUGUUCAUGUGCAGCAUUGUCCGCAAAAUGGGCUACGGGGAUGGCUUCAAGUGGGUUUCUCAGUACAUCAAAUAGUAAGAGGCAGUGGAUAAGAGAUUGGUUUCAUGUUUUACAUGUUAUAUAUAUUUCCAUGCUGGACUCGAGUUGACAUGUUGUCUGUUUGAAAUCAGUGUUGAAUAUAUUUCUCCAUUGUUCCAGUUUUUUCAGUGAAAUGAUGAAUAUGUUGCCCCCUUCCUACUAUUUUUAACACGUGCCAAAUGGUUGAUUACUUUUGACCAGAAAUUGUUGGAGAGGGAUACUUCAAACAUGUAGACUUCAUAUUUGUGAAACAUUUUUUGUUAGCAUUUCCCAAUAAUUCAAUAGGUACAUGAAUUUCUAGUUUGAA